AUGUUCCAAGUUCUGGAAGAUGACGACCGUUUUGCCAGCAUCUUGGUUACAGGGCUGUUCCUCAAGCUUAUCUCCCCCACAUUGGUGGCCUUUGUUCGAAUGGCCUGGGCAUCCGCAGACCCCGUCAUCAUCCAGACGCACGUCGAUAUGGUCUGUGAGAAGAAUGCAGACUCCCUGCACGACUUCGAGAAGCAAGGCAUCCUGGCCGAGCUGGUAGCGGGCUGGAUCCUUGCUCGCAACACUACGCUGGGCGCAGACAAUGGGCUGGGGGUCGCCACCGCCAUGGCACUGUUUGGUCCCAUACCAAGCCCAGCGCCAGCGCUGGUGCUGGUCUUCACAGUCAAGGAGGAAGUCUCCUUAGACGGCGCGCGGGCAUUGUCCCCGAGCGUCCUGCCGAGACGUUGGCUGCUAAAUCUGGACAGCGAGGAGUAUGGGAUCCUUUACAUCGGCAGUGCCGGCGGCGCCACGGAUAUCCUGCGGUCCAAGGUGAUGCGGGUUCCGCUGAGCGCUGGUCUCGAGCCGUAUGACCUCAUCGUCGAUGGCCUUGCCGGGGGACACUCAGGUGCCGACAUCCAUCUGGGACACAAGAACGCUUUGAAAGUCGCUGCGGAGGUGGUGGCGAAGCUCUUCCAGAUAGAGCUCUCUGCGCAGCUGAUCGACUUUGCCGGUGGAGACAAGGACAAUGCCAUCCCAAGGCUGGCCUUCGUCCGCUUGGGCCUGCCAAGUGAGAAGGUGAAGCUUCUGGAGGAGUCCCUGCGGAGCUUUGAGUCAGAGAUCCGCGGAGAACUGACAGAGGCGGACAAAGACUUCCGCAUCUCCCUGAAGUCGCCGGGUGCCGUGGAGUGGCCCGAGGCAUUGCACGAGGCGACGCGGGGCGCUCUGCAGCAGCUGCUGGAAGCCAUCCCGCACGGCCCACUAAGGUCCUCGGAGCAGGUCCCCGGGCUGGUGGAGACCUCCAACAACUUGGCGAAAGUGAGUAUCGCUGGCGAUACAGUCAGCGUCACGCACUUUGCGCGCUCGGCCGUGGACGCGCAGCUCGCGGAGUUCCGCAAGAAGAUGAAGGACCUCGCGGAUUCCACAGGCUUCCAAGUCGACUACGGAGUGCAGCUACCAGGGUGGGCGCCCAACGCCAAGUCUCGUCUCUUGGAGCUCUCCAAGGAGGUGUUCGUGGAGCUGGAAGGCAGGACACCUGAGGAAUCGGGUGACGUCACCCUCGGCUUCCUUCCUGGCAUUUUGAGUCUUGCUGUGGCAGCCAUCCAUGCUGGUCUCGAAUGCGGUGUCUUUGCAGAAAAACUCCAAGGGAUCGACAUGAUCUCUUUUGGGCCCGAUAUACAAGGCGCACACGCUCCCGGUGAGAAAGUGGAGGUCAGCUCCGUGGCAAGGAACUGGGAGCUGCUUCUUGGGCUGUUGGCACGCCUCGCCCAAGAGCCGCCCCAGCGUGCCGAGCUGUGA